GAUCCUUCGGCGGCGCUGCCGAACGAGAUGCGAGCGAUUCCGCGGAAGAACAGGAGCCCACUGGGCAAUGCCCCCCGCACCUCCGAGUUGGAGGCUGCGGCUGCCGCUCCGCAGCCCACUGAGCCUCCAGAUACUCGCGGACCGCGAUCUUCGCGGUCCUUUCAUGCGGGGAUCGGCCUCUGA